UAUAGUGAUUUUAUUUUAUAUCGCGCAAAAUUACUGGAAACUUCCUUGUAAUCUGCUAUUUGCUUGAGCUUCGAUGAAGAACUUUUGUUUCCUGUCCUUUUUCUUCUUGUCUCUUAUUAUUACUUUAGAGAACGAAUAAUUCGAUACUAUACUGAUAAGCGCUGAGUUGAUCAGACCCCCUUACAAUCCAGUGAUCUACACUUGGAAGCGUGGUACUCUGGAAUCGGAAAUUCAUUGGCCAAGGAAGAAGAAGAAAGCUUCUUGAAAGUUCGUGGCUCGUUUUGCAUUGCCCAUUUCACGCUCCUAUCCGUCUUAAGGUUCCUGACAAAUAAUUAGAGUAUGCCCUUGGGAGUUUGAUCCCUUUCUCCUUUCUCUCUCAGAGAUUUGAUAUUACGUCGCCAUAUCGGCACGUUCGUGAGGAUAGAUUCGCGCCAUUUUACUCUAUCCUUUAUUUUACAAUUGCAAGUAAAAUAAAGUCCUAUAUUGCAAGGAUCUAAAAUAUUUGAAAGUUUCUGACGAAAUCUCUCUUGUAUUCACAAAUAUUUUGCGAAAGCCAUUAAAAAAGGAGGAAAACAAGGAAGAUGGAUGUGAAAGAGCAAGGAAACGGUGUGGAAGAAAUAAUAUGUGAUAUGAUAAACGUUUUUGAAAACGUGCAACAGGAAAUAAAAAUAGAGAUGGAAAAAUUAAAAGACGAAAUAAGGUGUAAGGAAAAUGAUUGGACAGAGGAAAGAAAUAAAUUAAAAGAAAGAAUAGAGAAAUUAGAAGUAAGAUGCGAAGAAUAUGAGAUUAAAAACAUUGAGAUGAAACAGUUAGAAGGAACGGAGAUGAUGGAUAGUGAAAAAGAAGAUGUGGAAUGUGUAUGGGAUAGGAAAACAGAGAUAAUAAAAGAAUGGCUUGACAAAUUAACGAAAGAUGUAAUGCAAGAUGAGGGAAAGAAAAAUAAUAUGAGGGACGCAUUGAUCUCUACUACUACUCCAAGUACAUCCCAAUUGCAAAGUACUCAGCUAGCUUCUAUUAGCACAGACUUUGUUCGAAAUAAUAACUAUACUGACUUGAUCGGAACACCUAGCACAUCCGGAAGAUAUGCGCAAAACCAGAAUUCGAACGUUUUUCAAUUGAAUGAAUCAAAUAGGCCAAAUACUGCCAAUAGCAGUACAGUAUCAAAGGAGAGAAAAAAUCAUACUUCUUCGAUUAAUUUCGGUGAUUUCAAAUAUUUUGCGAACAAAUCAAAUCAAUCUGCGUCCAGUAAUUCUCGCAACGCUAACAUUAUGUGUUAUUGUAAAAAGCCUGCAGUUCAAAGAGCUCAAAAAGUUGGACUGAAUAAGAAACGUAUAUUUUGCUACAAAUGCAGUGAAAACGUUUGCAACUUUCACAAAUGGGUAAAUGAGGAUAGUGUAAAAUCUGAAGGUAAUGCAGGGAAGAAACGUUCAAUGGUAUCUAGACCGGAUGUAAAUAGGGAUAAUAACUUUUCUCGCGCUAGCACUUCUAGGGACAAUUGGGACAACCCCUCAAUGAAUGUUAUGUGCAACUGUAAUCAGCCCGCUGAAAAGAUGGCGGUUUACAGAGAUAGCCCUAAAAAAGGACGACUGUUUUAUAGAUGUCCCAAGGGUUCAAACUCUACUUGUAAUUUUUUCAAGUGGGCAGAUAAGAAUGAUAGCGAAGUUCCUCAAAACGCCAAUGCCUUCAAAAUUCCCAAACUUACGCCUAUCAAGGGCAAGAGAAAAUGCGGAAUUUGCGGAAUAGAAGGUCACAUGAGAUACAAAUGUCCAAAUGUGGUCUCUUUCGCACGUUAUGCUUCCCUCAUGAGUUACAUCAAUGAAUUUUUUCCAAAAUAGUAACGUAAAUAAUAUACAGUUGUAACGAUUAGCGUUAUAAAAAGCUUAAUUAGAAUGGAGAAGUGUCACACAUUUUUAUCUGAUUUAAAUUUUGCCUUUUAACUCUUUUACAAGUAUUAAGACUUCUA